AUGCAACAACCACGCUGGAACCCGUCUGUGAACGUGGCCUCGAAAGCCAAGCCCGCUGCGGAGUCCAUGGUGGGACGCAGUCGGGCUACGUCAUUGACCGUUGGGGGCCGUCGCCCAAGCGAGAAGCAAGCGCUAGCAACCUUGCGCGCAGUCUACGAGACGCACCUUGAAGCGCUGGAAGACACGUUGCGCACUGAGCACGAAGCUGCGGUUCUGGCGCUCAAGAGCCGCCUGCGCCGCGACCACUCCAAGAAGCUCAUGGCGCUGGCUGCCAACUGUAGCCAGGUCACAAUGCAGCGUAACCAGUACCAGAAGCGAGAGGAAGCCUACGUGCGCCGCAUCGUAGAGCUCGAGUUCAAAAGUACCGUCCAGCGCGAGGCCAUCCAGCACCUCCAGCGCACGCUCGACCAGAUCCAAGCGAUGGCCACAACCAGUUCGUAG